GGCAAAUAUAGUUAGCAAUGGGAAACAACUCACAACACAAAAUCGCCGUACCUCAAAUACGGUACAGUGUAGGCGUAUUCGUUUGGCUGCUAUGUCUGACCUGGAUUGGAUUGUAUCUCUUCUUCGAAGGAUUUCUUCUGACACGGUCAGUGAUACAAAAUAAAUCGGAAUAUAAUGAGAGCUCCGCUUCAAAUGAGACCGGAAUCUUCCAGCGGAAAGAUAGCGCCUUGUACUCCCGGGCAGUUGUGGUGGUUAUAGACGCACUACGAUAUGAUUUUCUGGUCUCCAGCAACAACCAGUCAUCCAGACCAUUUGACAACAAACUGCAAGUACCUGGUCGACUCCUUACAAAUCAAGAAGAGGCGGAGUAUGCGCAGUUGUUCAAGUUCAUUGCCGAUGCUCCAACUACCACGAUGCAGAGACUGAAGGGUUUGACUACUGGCUCCCUUCCCACAUUCAUCGAUGCGGGUAACAACUUCGAUAGCUCAAUCGUAGAGGAAGACAACUGGCUUAGCCAACUCAUUUCCAACGGGAAAAAGGCGGUGGUAAUGGGCGAUGAUACGUGGGGCUCCCUGUUCGACGGUCUGUUUUUACGCAGUUAUCUUUUUGACUCGUUCAAUGUGCGCGACCUCCACUCUGUCGAUAAUGGUGUCGUCGCUAAUCUGUUCCCGGAGAUGAAAGAGAAAGAUUGGACCGUGUUGAUUGCUCACUUCCUUGGAGUUGAUCACUGCGGGCACACCUUUGGUCCGUAUCACCCGGAGAUGGCGGAGAAAUUAAACGAGAUGAACACCGUACUGGAAGAUUUGAUUCUCGAGCUCGACGACGAUACCAUUCUAUUUGUGCUAGGGGAUCAUGGCAUGACUGAGAAUGGGGAUCACGGCGGAGAUAGCGACAACGAGGUUGGCGCCGGGUUUUUUGCUUACACCAAGCAAGCUCCGUCUGCCACAACCACAAGAGAAUCAUCAUCAGCUACGGCUGUGAUGACCCCAAAAGAACACUGGGAACAGUAUCUACGACUCGCAGACGAAGCUGAGGAGACUUUCGAGCGGCGUGAAAUCCAGCAAAUCGAUUUCGUACCCACCAUCUCGUUGCUCCUGGGGCUGCCGAUUCCAUUUGGAAAUCUCGGGCGGAUUGUGCCGGAAAUGUUCUUCGUGCUUUCUGAUGAGGAAAGCAAAAAGGUCAAGAAAACUUGCAGAGACAGAGACUCCGAUUGUGAGCGCGCAUACAGUGCUGCAUUUCGUUUCCGUACUCUGAACUAUGCAAUGCAGUUGAAUGCGGUGCAGGUAGAGAACUACCUCACGACGUACUCUAAAAUGUCUUCUGACUUUCCAGUUGAGGAGCUGGUGCACUUGACGGCUUCGCUCGAGUCGAUAAUGUCGCGGCACACGACUCUGGAGCUCACGAUAGAAGCCAUCGACGAUGGAGCCACAGAUAUCAAUCAGUGUGUCCGCAAUCUGAAAGAGAACUAUGCUGACUACUGCGCCUAUCUGAAAAGGGUACGCCAUAUGACGGAACAGACAUGGGCAAAAUUUGAUGUCGUCAGUAUUGUCUGUGGUUUAGUAGUACUUGGAUUAGCCUGCUCCAGUAUGCUCCUACAGCUCACGCAGACCUGCUCUCCGAGCCAAGCCAACAGAGCUGCUAGUUGCAUAAUAAAGGGAGCUGUAGUAGGCCUGUUCUUGGGCAUCACAUUCGUUGUGUCAGGAGCCGAUUCUGUGCUAGCUGCUUCUGGAAUAUCGGCGCCCGAUUACCGUACCGUGAUUCUGCUCACGAUAUCUAUUUGUGGUGCUGCGGGCCAUUAUAUCUCAGCGAAUCGGAUAUGUAGUGCUUCUUGGAGUGAGAUGUGCCCGAGAGGAACCACUAUGGUUGUGAGUGCGUGCGUUGUGCUGCACAUGUGCUGUUUCUUCUCAAACAGCUUCACAGUGUGGGAGGACCAUGUGCUUUUAUUUCUCUUGGCAACUUCGCUUGUAGCUAUCACAUUAAAUGGACAGCACAUUAAGACGACCUUGUACGGGCGGCUGCUUAUCCUGAUCCUCAGCCGGUGGGCAAUACUCUAUCGCGUCUGCCGUGAAGAACAAUUUGGAUAUGGAUGUAUUCAACCGGAACUACCCUCCCUCACGAGCUUAUUCGUCAUUUUGGGUCUGUACACAUCCUUCGCGGCGAUUGGAACAGGGUUGUGGACGUCAAGCGGAAAAAUCUUGAGGCAUACCAUACUUGCACAAAUUAUCAGUCUGGCUUCCUACUGGUAUCUACAUCUUGGCAUGGGCGUGAAUAUGUCGACUCUGCCCUACUGGCAGCAAGUAGGGCCUCCCUGGGUAUCGUAUGCUGGCAAUCUUAUUGUUUUGAUUAUCACUAUAAAAGAACUUGUCAUUACUACUGAGGUGGCUAACAAGGGCAAGCAGGACAGUGAACUCGGCAGUAUAUCUCGCAACAAGAAAUUGGAUACAAUGCAGCGCUGCCUGUUCUCAUUCAGCCUUUUAUUGUCUAUAGUUACGGAGCCUCGAUUCGUUCCCGGUCUAUUCCUCCUAUGUACAUGCCUAGGGCAGUCGAUAUUGUCGGCGCGUGCCGUAACAUAUAGGAGGGUAACAAAAGAUGAUCCAUGCCCGGAGAAGAAAGGUGUUGAUAUGAGUGAGUCAACUCAAACAGCCUUGCUUGUGGAGCUUGCAUACUUGGGUCAAGUAGCGUCAUAUUUUUUCUUCGCCACGGGGCACCAGGCUUCCUUCCCUACUAUACAAUGGACAGCUGCAUUUGUUGGGUUUACAUCUAUGUCCUACUAUCCAGCAGUGGUCUUGCUGGUCCUUAAUACCUACUCUGCGCAUCUGAUAGUCUUAGCUUCGUUCCCGAUUAUUCUGAUGACUGCGGCGUCGUCUAGUGCACUCACCGACAAGCGGCCGAAGUUGUGCACGUCAGAAAACUCGAAAUCUGAACACGAUGCAAUUGGCCUAGCACAUCAAAUAGAUCUCAUCACCAGGGCGCACAUUUGGGGUCUGUUGUUCCGCAGUGUGAUCUUGCUGUCGACUGCUGGUGCUGCCGCUAUGCACAGGUAA